AAGGAACUAAAGGAACUUAACCUCCCUCGCACCCCCUCUUCGCAGCCCCGAUAUAUAUUACAUUGGCUCCGGGCAGAACCUCAGACACCGCAUACAACGCACUGCAGGAGGAUUUGAAGGGUUCAUGACUGGCAAGGAUGGCUUGUCCCCGUCCUUGGUGGAAACCGUAGCGGGAUUCACGGCAGGAAUCGUCUCGACGCUCUGCCUGCAUCCGCUGGAUCUGAUCAAGACUCGACUUCAAGUCGACCGAUUGUCCUCCUCGCGAGUCGGCGGUUCCGUCCCCGUCGUCCGCGAGAUUUUCCAGAAUGAGGGCGGCCUCGCAGCCUUCUACCGAGGCCUAACGCCCAACAUCGUCGGCAACUCCACAAGCUGGGCGCUGUACUUCUUGUGCUACGGCAACAUAAAAACCGCAAUGCGAACCUGGCGCGGCACUCAUGACCGGGCUCUCACAUCGGCCGACUACUUUCUAGCCUCAGGAUCUGCAGGUAUGCUGACAUCGAUUUUGACCAACCCGAUCUGGGUGAUCAAAACCCGCAUGCUGUCGACCGGCUCUCGGAGCCCGGGGGCCUAUACUUCGUUCAUGGCGGGUGCGCGGGAGAUAUUACGCUCGGAAGGAAUCCCGGGCUUCUACCGGGGGCUGCUUCCUGCACUUUUCGGCGUCAGUCAUGGCGCGCUCCAGUUCAUGGCAUAUGAACAGCUGAAGCUCUACCGCUCCCGGAUGCCUCCGACUGGGUCCCAAACUAGCGCAGGUAGGAGUCAUGAGGCGUCGGGCUCUCCCCAGUCAAAGAUACAGGAAAUUGGAAACGUGGACCUAUUUGUGAUCUCUAGCUUGUCGAAAUUGUUUGCUGGAUGUGUCACCUACCCGUAUCAAGUGCUGCGGUCUCGACUGCAGACUUACGAUGCUCACCUCGUGUAUUCAGGCGUCCGGGAUGUAAUCAUCCAGAUCUGGGCUAGGGAAGGGCUGAGCGGAUUCUACAAGGGCCUGGGCCCCAAUCUACUCCGGGUAUUACCCAGUACAUGGGUGACCUUUCUGGUAUACGAGAAUACAAAGGCAUGCUUGCCAGAGUUGCUCUCCAGUUUGCGAUAGACGACAAGCUCACCAUCGAUCGGUCAACGGUGGCAUAAAAACAUAGCUGCCUGCUACCGAACGUUCAAGGGUUGCACCGGAUGCUGCUCGGCUUGCUGGUGCUCACCAAUUGGCUUAAACCUUAUAUCUUACUGCUGUGUACAAUUUUGUGUACGGUAUAUAUAUGACCAAAAAUUUCAG